GUGUGUUUGUGUGUGUGUGUGUGUGUUUAUGCAGUCAUGUGUUCUCAAACCUUAUUAACUGGAAAGCAAAACAUCUAUUUUGCUACAUUGCUGAUUGUCUGUGAUAGCCCGGUUGAGUUAUUCACUGCCACGGUAGCCUCUUUCUUCACUCUCUGAUUCAUCUCUUUUGAAGCCCUUACGCUGAGUAGGAGUCUUUUGGACCCUGUUUUUAUGACUUAAAACUUUGCCCAACUUGAGUGAUUUGUUUACUAGUUUUCUUUAUUUCCUAAACUUACUGUGAGUGUGUAUUUCACAAUGGAGUGGGAAAAAAAUCCCACAGAAAAUUUGUGACUUGCUUUUAGUGAGGACUGAGACCUGAGAAUGAGAGGGAACGUGUGCAGGGCUUUCCUUUGACUCCAGCCAGGUUCACGUUUAGAAUCGAGGUUGAGGUCAGUGGACAGGUGUUUGCGUUCUCACAGUCCCUAGAACUGCCUGUACUGUGAUCACAGGACCGAGCAGUUUCACAUGAUUAGCUCUCCUUGUGUCCUGAGCACCUUUGGACAGCGCUGCGGGAUGCUGCUGAGCAUUUCAGAAGACAGCAUUUUGAGUAUGAUAGAAAGGCUGUGGCAGCCAGGGAUGAGGAGGGACACACCAGAGCACAUCCAAAGAGGAUCCAGCUUCUCAGACAAACUGUUUAGUGGAAGAGGCUUACAUUUUCAGCCAUCAGUUCUAGAUUUUGGAAUACAGUUCUUGGGACAUCCUGCAGCAAAGAUUCUCUAUGCUUACAACCCCAGCAGGGACAGCGAGGUCGUGGUGAAUUCGGUGUUUACAGCUGCUGGACACUUCCAUGUGCCUCCCGUUCCUUGCAGGGUAAUUCCAGCAAUGGGGAAAACUUCCUUCAGAAUUAUUUUCUUGCCUACUGAAGAAGGAAGCAUUGAAAGCUCUUUAUUUAUUAAUACCUCUUCAUAUGGAGUCCUUUCCUAUCAUGUAUCUGGAAUUGGCACUCGCAGAAUCUCUACAGAAGGGUCUGCAAAGCAGCUACCAAAUGCUUAUUUUCUGCUUCCACAGGUCCAGAGCAUUCAGAGGUCACAAACGCAGGCAGAAACCACUAAUGCUGGCCUCUUGCAGGUGCAACUGGAAUGUAGUUUACAUAAUAAAGUGUGUCAGCAAUUAAAGAGUUGUUACCUGGAAUCUGAUGAUGUUUUGCGCCUACAAAUGAGCAUAAUGGUAACAAUGGAAAACUCCUCAACAGAAUUUGAAGAAAACACACAAGAUUUGUUAGAUCAUCUCUCUAUUGUUUAUGUAGCUACAGAUAAAUCCGAGACCUCAGACGAUUCAACGGUCAAUAUGUACAUACUACAUUCGGGAAGCAGCCUCGUGUGGAUACAGGACGUACAUAAUUUCUCACAGAGAGAUGCUGUGUCUCUGCAGUUUGAACCAGUGCUCCUCCCUACUUCUACAACCAACUUUACAAAAAUCGCUUCUUUUACUUGCAAAGCAGCUACAGCAUGUGACAGUGGAAUUAUGGAAGAUGUGAAGAAAACAAAACACAUUCCAACACUAAAAGCAUGCCUCUCCUCUGCUGUGGUUCAAGGGUAUUUUAAAAUGGACUCUUCUGCAACCCAGUUUCACAUAGAGACUCACGAAAACACAUCAGGAGUUUGGUCAAUAUGGUACCACAACCGUUUUGACCGUGGUGUUGUAUUAAAUGAUGUGUUUGUUUCCAAGGAGACCAAGCACAUUUUAAAGAUUCUGAAUUUCACUGGCCCUUUAUUUCUACCUCCAGGCUGUUGGAAUAUAUUUUCUUUGAAACUUGCUGUUAAAGACAUUGCCAUAAAUCUAUUCACCAAUGUAUUUUUGACUACAAACAUAGGUGCCAUUUUUUCAAUACCUCUACAGAUUUACUCGGCACCGACCAAGGAAGGGAGUCUGGGUUUUGAAGUGAUAGCACAUUGUGGCAUGCAUUAUUUCAUGGGAAAAUCAAAAGCAGGAACUCCUAAUUGGGAUGGGAGCCUUUCUCUGGAUCGGUCUACCUGGGAUACGGAUUCUGAACUUGCAAAUAAAUUGUAUGAAAGAUGGAAGAAAUAUAAAAAUGGUGACGUCUGCAAGAGGAAUGUUUUGGGACUGACUCGGUUUGCUCACUUGAAGAAAUCCAAGGAGUCAGAGUCCUUUGUUUUCUUCUUGCCUCGUUUGGUUGCAGAGCCUGGCCUCGUGUUAAACUUCAGCGCCACUGCCCUUAGGAACAGCGUGGUGAAGUACUUCAUGGUAAAGAACCCGUCCUCCUGGCCAGUUUCCUUGCAGCUCCUGCCUCUCUCCUUGUACCCGAAACCCGAAGCUGCAGUGCAUGUGCUGCACAGAUGGUUUGGUAUCGAUAUGCAGACGAUUAAUUUCACAACUGGUGAAUUCCAGCUGACCAAAGCUUGCCCUUACCAGGGAGUGCGUUCCGAAGAGUCCAGACUGGGCACCCUCCAAUUCCUUUUACAGCCUUUGGAGAUGAAAAGGGUUGGCGUGGUUUUCACCCCUGCUGACUAUGGAAAAGUUUCCUCACUCAUACUAAUCCGGAAUAACUUGACUGUUCUUGACAUGAUUGCCGUGGAAGGGUUUGGAGCCAGAGAGUUACUGAAGGUGGGCGGAAGACUUCCGGGUGCGGGAGGCUCCCUCCGAUUUAAGGUGCCCGAGUCCACGCUGAUGGACUGCCGUCGACAACCGAAAGACAGCAAGCAAAUGUUAUCUAUUACAAAGAGCUUUAAAGUUGAGAAUAUUGGACCUCUUCCUGUAACUGUGUCAUCUCUGAAAAUUAAUGGGUAUAGUUGCCAAGGUUAUGGAUUUGAAGUGUUAGAUUGUCAUCAGUUUUCCCUGGACCCAAACGCAUCCCGUGAUAUCAGCAUCGUAUUUACUCCAGACUUUACAUCUUCCUGGGUCAUUCGUGACCUAACUCUUGUAACUGCAGCAGACCUAGAAUUUCACUUCACUCUCAAUGUCACCCUACCUCAUCACCUGUUGCCCUUAUGUGCAAAUGUGGUGCCAGGACCCAGCUGGGAGGAGUCAUUUUGGAGGCUCACAGUCUUUUUUGUCAGUUUGUCUCUGUUGGGUGUGAUUUUAAUAGCCUUCCAACAAGCACAGUACAUUCUUAUGGAAUUCAUGAAAACAAGACAGAGGCAAAAUGCUAGCUCCUCAUCACAGCAAAAUAGCGGUCCAAUGGAUAUAAUCAGCUCCCACUCUCACAAAAGCAAUUGCAAGAACUUUCUCGAUACAUAUGGCCCCUCUGAUAAAGGCAGAGGGAAAGGCUGCCUUCCCGUGAACACUCCCCAGAGCAGGAUCCAGAAUGCUGCCAAGAGGAGCCCAGCUACCUAUGGUCAUUCUCAGAAGAAGCACAAGUGCUCAGUGUAUUACAGUAAACAUAAACCCAGCACCUCUGUGGCCAGCAGCUCCAACACUACUACUGAGGACAAGCAGACUUCGACCCUGGGAAGCCCCCUGUCUGCUGCUAAAGAGGAUGUUUGUGCUGACGUCAUGGGGGAGAACUGGAUCAGCCUCAAAUAUGCCAGUGGCAUGAAUGUCAACCUGCAGAAGAAUUUAACCCUUCCCAAAAACUUAUUGAACAAAGAAGAAAACACACUGAAAAACACAGUUGUUGCCCAUAAUCCUUCUUCAGAUUGUAACGUGAAGGAGGGAAUACAGACAUGUAUGUUUCCUAAGGAAACUGACAUUAAAACUUCAGGGAACACAGCUGAGCUCAAGGAACGGGAGCUCUGUCCACUGAAGACCUCUAAGAAACUACCUGAAAAUCAUUUGCCGAGAAACCCACCUCAUUACCACCAGUCAGACUUGCCAGAAAUUUCCAGGAAAAAUAAUGGGAAUAACCAGCAAGUGCCUGCCAAGAAUGAAGUAGAUAAUUGUGAAACUUUGAAAAAGGUUGAAGCAAAGUCUUCUUCAGAAAAGAAGAUUCACAAAGCAUCUAAAGAAGACACAUGUUCUGAGAAGCAGGACAUACCUUCAGUGGAGCAAGAAGAUCCUUCUAGGAAGAAGAAGCUUCAGGAGAAAAAGGAAGGAAAUUUACAAAAUUUAAAUUGGAAUAAAAGCCGAACAUGUAGAAAAAACAAGAAAAGGGGUGUUGCUCAGGCUUCAAGGCCUUCUGAACAGAGUGAACUGAAGCUUGUGUACAGUGACUUUGAGAGGCCUGAGCUGAGUGGCGACGUGGAUGUGAGAAACUGGGGUGCACAGGAAGACGCCAGGGAGAUGUGUAAAGCGGAUGCUGCGGUUGCAAGCGGCUUGCCUGCAGCACAGAGAGAGGCAGAGGGUUACUGCCAGAAACCUGAGAGGAAGUGCGCGGACAGGUUUUGCUCCGAUUCCAGCUCGGACUGCGGGAGCUCCUCGGGCAGCGUGCGCGCCAGCCGCGGCAGCUGGGGCAGCUGGAGCAGUGCCAGCAGCUCCGACGGGGACAAGAAGCCCGCGGUGGACGCCCAGCAUUUCCUGCCGGCCGGAGACAGUGUUUCACAGAAUGAUUUUCCUUCUGAAACUCCCAUCUCCUUGAAUCUUUCUCAUAACAUCUGCAACCCCAUUGACGUGAACAACCUCCCGCAGUACGCAGAGCCCUCCUGCCCCGGCCUUCCCGCCGCGCCCGCGGGCGCCGAGGAAGAUAAAGGUCUAUACUCGCCCGGAGACCUGUGGCCCACCCAGCCGGUGUGUCUGGCGAGCGGCUUAACCUGCGCUCUGGAGAACAGCGGGCCGUGUGUGCUGCAGGAGCCCGGCCCCGUCCACAGCAGUUUCAUCGAUUGGAAUGCCAUGUGCGAAGGCCAGUUUCCCAGUGUGUACUGUCCAUUGGAGUUGAACGAUUACAACGCCUUCCCAGAAGAAAACAUGAACUAUGCCAACGGCUUCCCCUGCCCUGCCGAAGUUCAGACAGACUUCAUCGAUCACAACUCUCAGUCUACCUGGAACGCCCCACCCAACAUGCCUGCUGCCUGGGGACACGCCAGUUUCAUCAACUCUCCGCCCUACCUCACGAGCACCCGAAGCUUGUCUCCAAUGUCUGGACUUUUUGGUUCCAUUUGGGCCCCGCAAAGCGAUGUGUAUGAAAAUUGCUGCCCCAUCAAUCCUACCACGGAACAUUCUACUCACAUGGAAAACCAGGCCGUCAUGUGCAAGGAAUACUACCCGGGGUUCAACCCGUUUCGUGCCUACAUGAACCUGGACAUAUGGACUACCACGGCAAACAGGAACGCAAACUUCCCGCUGUCGAGAGACUCUAGUUACUGUGGGAAUGUGUGAAAAGAAUUGGAUUUUUAAACAAUGUGAAUAAAGAGGCUUGUGUUUUGAUUGCUAGUGUAAACUGGUUGUUCAGAUAGAUUAUGACAUUGGUGGAUAUUUUGGCACUUUUAUAUGAAAAUAAACUUUUU